AUAAAAUUUCCACGUAAUAGAAAAUCUCUUUUCGUUCAAUUCGAUUAUGUAUUUUGUACUUUAUUGCUUAUAAAAUGUUUCCGAAAACAAAUAAACAGCCAUGAAAUGUCGUAUAAGCGUUACACUAUCGAUUGGAGUAUCGAUUGAAGUGAAAUUACACAUUAUAUUAUGAUCGAAAAUAAUCGAAUUAUUUUUUUUUCUACGAUUUCUGAAGGUUUUCUUCACUUUUCGCCUCGUUUAUUCGUCCAUUUGCCAACGUUACGUGCACCCUAAAUGUAUAAUGUCUUAUUUGAUUGUGAGUCAACUGGCCUAAAGGACGUAUUAACUUUUCGUAAUGUAUCGAUUAAAAAAAAAUAAAUAAUUGUCUCGCGUCACCAAUGUUUGCUACUUAUUACGCUACUAACUGAAUUUCUUUCUCUUUCUCUUUCGCGAUUAAUUACAUCGCCAUACUUACACUAAUCAACCCUAAUAAACGCACACUAAGUGAUGACGUGGCAUUGAGAGUCGUGGCUCCAUCUUCAGUAAAUAUUCCGAAUGUUUAAUAUGUACAUUUUCAAAGUUUGAAAUAAAAAAUGAAAGUCAAUUGUAACCUGUAAGAGUGAGCAAUAAAUAGCAAGUAUCCGUGCCGCCUAAAUACAUUGUAUGAGAGAAGAAAAAAAUGAUCGAAUGACAUUUUAUUAUUUAAUAUUAAGUGAGCAUAUUAAUACGAGAAGGAAAUUCAUUUUUUCAGUAAAAAAAUGUUUAUUGUUACGAAAACGAUUGAUAGUGAAAACAUAAGUAAAGUAUGCAGAACUUGUUUAAGGGAAGAUAAUGACAAGAUGGUUUAUUUAUUUGUCGGUCCGGCACAGUCAUCGUUGGGUGCUAAGCUACAAUCUCUCUCUUGUUUAGAGGUUACACAAGGUGAUGGUCUUCCCGAAAAGAUGUGUGACAGAUGUGUUAUAAGAGCGGAAUCGGCUCUUCUUUUUCGUGAACAGUGUCGAGCUGCAGAUCAGGCACUUAAACAAGCCGCUAUUAGAGUUUCUAAAGCAAAGGCUUUCUCAAAUAUUCCUACGUGUAAAAUCUAUCCGCAGAAUCAAAAUUAUGUACCCCUACCAUAUACCCAAGGCGCAACAAACUUUGCAGAUUGCAGACUUUUUACAAAUCAUCAAGAACUUUAUAUGCACAAUCGAUUGUAUCCCCAAAUUUAUCAAAGAGAUGAAAAUUUACCUCAACAUAUGAGUAUAGUCGAAUCCCAUAAUGCCUAUCUUAAUUUAAGUCGUUACAAUACCGGCUUCACCCAUCACGAUUUAAUGUCGGAUAAAGUCUCGUCUAUCAUUAGGCAGGAUGAUUUAGAUUCUUUUAUAAGGCAUGAUUCGGCGCAUAACGAAGGGUCUUGCGCAUUGCAGUGUUCGCUUUGCAAUUACACUUUUAACGACAGAACUCAAUUGGAAAAUCAUAGUAUCACGCAUAAUUCAGACAGCAUGGAUUUGUCUAGCGACGAGGUUAAUAUCGAGGUUGAAGAUAAUUCGAGCGAACUAGGAAGAAAUAUCAAUUUUGAAAGACCCAUUGUACGAACGGUGGAACAAUCUUUAGAAAAUAUUUCGUACGAUAAAAUAAAUUCCGAUUGUAGUAACGGAUAUCAAAAUUUAAAUUUUUCAAACAUUAUCAGUCAAAAUAAUUCUGAAAUUAUAAAUGUGAUGGAUCCGAUAAUUAUUCCUCAAGAAAUGCCAAUGCCAAAUUUUAUGGAAACCUCUCAAAUUACCAAAAAUAAUCGUUUUAAGUGUGAAAUUUGUUCUCGAUUAUUUUCUCAAAAGGCAAAGCUCGUAGCCCAUCAGUUGUCUCAUACCAAGCAGAAACCGUUCGAGUGCGUGCACUGUGGAAAAACCUACUCAUCAAAAAGCAAGCUCGCUGCGCACGGCAGACUACAUACGCAAACCAACAUUCAUCAGUGCAAUAUUUGUCAAAAGAUAUUUUCUUAUCCAUCGUAUUUAAGUGAUCACAUGAAAACUCACAAUCCCAAGGCAGAGAAAAAAGCCUCCUUCCAGUGCGUUCAGUGUAACAAACAAUUUUUCUUUGCCAAGAGCUACAAAAGGCAUAUGAAAUUCCAUACGGGUAAAGGCUUAUUUCACUGUGACAUUUGUGAUAAAUUAUUUAGUCAAAAAUAUUCAUUAAAAGUUCACAUGCAAUCUCACGACUCGACCAGAUGUCACAAGUGCGAGCUAUGCGAUAAAUCAUUUAAUCAAAAAAGCAAUCUUGUCGAACACAUGAGAACACACACUAAAGUGAAGCCCUUUAAGUGUAAAAUCUGUGAGAAAAGUUUUACACAGUCUAGUCAUUUGAAGAGCCAUGAAGUAUCUCAUAAUUCGAUUCGCCAAUUUCAGUGCAGAUUGUGUGGCAAAAGAUUCAAACUAGCAAGUCACUUAAAGCGACAUGUUAAUUUGCACACUGGAUUAAAGAUGUUCAAAUGCAACGAGUGUAAUCAAAUGUUUUCGCAAUCAUUUAGUUUAAAGCGCCACACAAAGAAACACUUAGAAUCUAAUUUAUGAUUUUGUAAUAUAUUAUUUUUUAUAAAACUUUUAUUCAAUAAAAGCUUUUUAUUCAA